AGCCGUUUCGGCCCGGGUCUCCGCGGCUCGGCCCAGCCCCUGGGCGGGCGAGCCUGAGCCUCCCGGCGGCGGCCCGGGCCGCCAUGGCGGCCCCUCCGCGCGGGGCCGCCCAGGGCGGCGCUGUGGCCAGGGAGCCCCUGCUCGAGGAGGACGAGGGCGCCUGGAAGGCGCCCAUCUGGCAGAAGCAGCUGGAGCGGAAGACGAUCAUGGCCGCCCACGAGGACGGCCCCCUCAGCGCCGCGAAGCGAGAGGGCUACCUCCAGAAGCGAGCGGGGACGUCGCACCUGCGCUGGAACAUCCGGUUCUUCGAGGUCAAGGACGGCAGUAUACGCUGGUGGCGGCCGGCGUUCAAGGACCAGCUCUUCCAGUCCAAAAAGGGGCCGAUGGUCGCCAUGGCGGAGCCCCGUCCGCCUCCGGUGAAAGAGCUUGACCUCAGGCAGCUGAAGUGCGUUAUCAGGACCAAGGUGAAGUUUCCUUACUCCACACGCAUCGCUCUGAAGUUCCAGGAGGACUACACCGACUACCAGCUAGAGCUGCGCGCGGAGAAGGAGCUGGAGAUCAUCGAGUGGUACAAACUCUUCCUGCGCUUCACCAUGGAGUCCUUCGAGGCCUUGCUGGCCGAAGGGCCUUGGCCCGGCCGACCACGGGGGCCGGAGACGACCCUUCCUGCCCCUGUGACGCUUCCGUAAACCCAUGCCCGGGUUCUUCUUAUCGCCGCUGGCACUCUUGGGAAAAUAUGUUUUUCCUUCACAGCCGCUGGCAAGAACCAUCGGUUACAUCCUGCAGCGCGCUUGGUGUUA